UGCUGGCGGCGACGCCCUGCACGGGGAUGAGCGAGAAGGCCUGCCCCACCAGCAGCGUGGUGCGCAGCGCGGCCUGCAGCGUCGCCACGGCGGCCGCGGGCUUCACCACCGGGACUGACACGCGUAUAAAAAUAUGCUGUCGACGAAAUAAAUUAUAGUAAGUCGGACUUUGGUUCAACGAGACUUUUACCGGUGGUGAUGAUGAUGAAAUAACAUCUUACAAAUUAGAUUAAAUAAGAUGCUGAAGUUAUACGAGAAGAAAAUUAACACUUUGAACCGGAGGGAGAGUGAAAAUAAAAUGAAGGACUGCUUCAUGGCACUUCGUCACUGCUGCACGUCUACAUCGACUCAAUCUGUUCCAAAGCGGGUGGCGGCGCGGGCGGCGGGGCGCGGGGCGUCGUUCCAGGAGAGCCUGCGCGUGGUGCUCGCCAUCGGGCAGCUGUUCGCCGUCAUGCCCAUCUACGGGGUCUCAAGCCGACACUCCGAGGAGGUCAAGUUCGUGAAGGUGUCGUGGAAGUGCGUGUACACUGCUCUCAUGCUGAGCGGGCAGCUCUUCAUGACGCUCACCUGCGUCAUCGAGGUGUUCUACGCAGACGACGUCAUGCAGUCUAUCACGUCAACAGUUUUCUACGGCACAGCAUGCCUCACAAUGGUGGCGUUCGCGCAGACGGCGCGGCGCUGGCCGGCGCUGCUGCGGUUCAUCGGCCGGGUGGAGGAGGUGGACCCCGCGUCCGACGGCAGACUCGUCUGGCGGUGCAACGUCACUUGCGUCAUUAUACUGUCGAUGUCGUUCUCGUCAACAGUGUUCAUCGGCCGGGUGGAGGAGGUGGAUCCCGCGUCCGACGGCAGACUCGUCUGGCGGUGCAACGUCACUUGCGUUAUAAUACUGUCGAUGUCGUUCUUGGAGCACCUGCUGUCUAUCUUAUCGGACGUGUACUGGGCCAACGCGUGCUCGCCGUCACCGGUGGACACGCAGGAGGAGUUCUAUCGGCUGCUCUACCCGUGGAUCUUCCGGUCUCUGCCGUAUAACCCGCUGCUGGCCGUCAUGUGCCAGAUAUUUCACAUUCAAGCGACGUUCACGUGGAAUUUUUCCGACCUGUUUGUGAUCUGCAUCAGCUACUACCUCAUCCGCAGGCUACAGUUGGUCAACAAGAAGCUGCACGCCAUUUGUGGAAAGAAGUACGGGGAGGGUUUCUGGCGGGCCACGCGCGAGCAGUACGGGCGCGCCACGCAGCUAGUGCGCCGCGUGGACCGCGUCAUCAGCGGCGUCGUCUUCAUCAGCUUCGCCAACAACCUGUUCUUCAUCUGCCUUCAACUGUUUCAUACGUUGGAAACCGGGAAGCGGGGAAAAUCGGUAUGUUUGCAUCCAGUGCCUGAAGUACAGCCAGUAGCCGGCUUCAUCACCACUCUCUACUUCUCGUUCUCGCUCGUCUACCUUCUCACUCGCUCGGUGUCGAUGUCUCUGAUCGCGGCGCAGGUUCACACCGCGUCCACCGUGCCCGCUCCCGUGCUCUACAACGUGUCGUCUUCUGAGUACUGUGAGGAGGUGCAAAGGUUCGUCUCGCAAGUGAACGGAGAGAAAGUGGCGUUGAGUGGCCUCCAGUUCUUCAGUGUGACGCGAGGCUUGCUACUUACUGUGGCUGGCACUAUAGUAACGUACGAACUAGUGAUGUUCCAAAUAAACUCUCCGGGGUCACGGAACUACGUCACUCCUGAUCCCUCAAUAGUGACGAACAUCUCUAGCGUUUUCUCGACUUAGCUAUAUACAUAGCUAUAUAUUAUUUAUA